AUGUCCGGUGCUCGCAAGAACGCACGUCAUGCGGCGCCCCUUGCGGGAAGCCGCUUGACUGUGGAUAUCAUUCUUGCGACCGAACUUGCCAUGUUGGAGCCUGCGGGUCCUGUGCUCAGGUUUGCGGAAAGCCUCGAAAAAAAUGUGGGCAUCCUUGCCCUGUUCCCUGUCAUGCACCUUCCACUUGUCCAUCAAUCGAUGCCGCUAGCUGAGGCUCUGGGAAUUUCUGAGAGUGGGCGCUCCUCAAACCAUAAUCAAGUUACUUGGAGCCCAGAACUCGUUGCGUUCUCCAGGGUACCCGCCAAUCAAUCUUUUAUCAAGAACAUGGAAAAGGCACUGGCCGACUUCGUUUCAGGAGACAAAAAAGCGCAUGUAUUGCCCCAUAUGCCUGAAGUUAGACGCAAGAUCGUGAUGGAAGUGGCCGAGGUAUACCGGAUCACUACGCAACUGGUCGAUGAGGAGCCUAGGCGAAGCAUCCAACUUAUUCGUAGGAUUGACUCUCGUAUUCCUGUGCCGUUGCUUUCUCAAGCUAGCGUGCCUACUCCGUCUCGUCUCGGAAGUUUAGGCGAUCUACGAAAGCCUGCGAUCGUUACUAAACCCACAACCCCAGGCGGACCUGUAGCUAGCGCCUGGAGGAGCGGGGCUUCCGGCGUCAGUGAUCCAAAUUUGAACGUUGCACCAAGAAGUAUGGCAGCCAGCCCUGGCCCCCCGACAUCGGGGAAUAUGCCAAUAGGGUCUAGCGCUACAGUAUGGGCCCGACCAAAUCUCGGGCCCGUGGCUAGGACUUCAGUUCCGCCCCAAACGUCUCGGGUGGCGACAGAGACGCUAGCUCAGGCUGUCGAAACCAGGGAGGACAUACCAGCCAACUGGGAGGACGAAUGA